AAGACACAGGUCCAUUAUAUAAGUAUCCUGUACUAGUUUUCAUCCAUGGUGAAUCUUAUGAAUGGGGCAGCGGUAAUCCAUAUGAUGGAUCAGUCUUGGCAGCCUAUGCGAGAGUGGUUGUCGUCACUGUCAACUUCAGGCUGGGCAUUUUGGGGUUUAUGCGUCCAGGUAUUAAUGAGCAUACAGUAUCAAAUUUUGCACUUUUGGACCAAAUAGCGGCUUUGCAAUGGAUAAAAGACAACAUUGAACGAUUUGGUGGAGACAGAGGUGCUGUCACAGUUGCAGGUCAUGGCACUGGUGCGGCCUGUGCAAGCCUUCUGAUGGUCUCGCCCGUUGCAAAUGGAUUGUUUCAUCGUGCGAUUCUUAUGUCAGGAUCAGCAUUAUCCGAUUGGGCAAUGGCAAGUAACCCACUACAGUCCACAAUGCAAGUAGCCCAAAGUUUAAAUUGUCCCUUGGGUGAAAGAGACGAGGAAAUGGUAGCAUGUUUGAGAAAAAAGAGGCUUUCAGAAAUUAUGGCGAUUAGAGUAUCUGCUCCAAAAUACUCCACACCAUUCGGCCCGGUCGUAGACGGCCAAGUUGUUCCAAAUGACCCUGAUCUAGUCAUGAGAAAAUAUAAUAAUUUAUUUAGCAGAUACGAGUGUUUGUAUGGCGUGACAGAACAAGAGUCGUACCAUUUACUCAGUGGACAUGCUCUUUUACAUGGUAUGGCAGAGGCUGAUAAAGAUUCUGCUUUGAGGUUUUACUUUCAAUCGAGGUUUGAAUAUCGUCCGGACCUAGCACUUGCCAGCACUGUCAGAGAGUAUUCUUCUAUAAAUCAUGACAUCGAUGCAUCGCCUCUUCGAUCUCUGGCCACUGCCCAUCGAGACGUGUUACUGGACAUAUUGAGCGACGCCAGGGUGAUCGCUCCGCUUGUACUCACUGGUCACUAUCACUCCCGAGUUAAUGCCCAAUCUUACAUGUACGUGUUCGCCCACAACAGCCAAUAUGGGCCGUACGCGGAUUUGGAAAAAAGUGUUCACGGUGAAGAUUUGGCUUAUUUCUUUGGAGCUCCUGUGGAAUAUAGAGGAGGACCAUUUAUAACCGACUAUUUACCACAGGAAGCUUUGCUCUCAGAAGUUGUGAUGACAUUUUUCACUAAUUUUGUUAAAACAGGAAAUCCAAAUGCGCCUCGGAAAACAUCGUUCUUGCACAUGAGCCCUCUGGAUUGGAGAGAAUUCGAUCUGGAAUGGCCUGAAUACAAUUCAAAAAAUCAAUCAUAUUUAUUUCUUAGUGUGCCUCCUAAUAUUGCUCAUAAAUACCGGGUGCAUUACACAAAAUUUUGGAACCAAGAACUUCCAGAAGCAUUAAUAAAUGGAACAUCUUACACGUCCGGGGCCGGUGAUUUUGGGUCAAACAGACUUUCCUUAAAUACACCUGGAGGAGGUGCUUUGGGAAGAAUGAUACCUGAAUCUCGGGAUAAUAGACAAGAGGGCGGACGAGGGUAUGCGAAUAUGAAUCAUAGGCCAGGUUCUCCGUCUCGUGACUAUGGUACAUUCCGCAGAUAUCCCCAUGAAUAUGAUCAAUCCAUGAGGACGACUACCAUGGAUCCUUUUGUCGCCAUUAAAGUCCUUACUGGUCGAGCACCAGGAUUAAUGGAUGGACCUCCCAGAUCCGACGACGAAAUUGAUGAUCACAUUGAUCAUAACGAUUUUGAGGGCAACGAAAAUAUGAGCGAAGUUGGAUAUCAAGGUGCAUCUAUGACUACAAGCGUGAUUAUAGCAAUUGGUUUGACGGUUUUGUUGAUAAAUUCAUUGGCCAUUGCGUUGUUCUAUUAUCGCAAAACCAAAAGAGCAAGAAGUUCCCAAUCUAGCGGUCAGUUGCCUCCCAGAACUUACAGCACAUCACCACCACGUGCUACCACAAUCGAUUUUCUUGAAGAAAACUCGUACGGAAAUCCCACAGUUAAUCGAAGCAAUAAUCAAAGAACUGGUUUCGCAAGCAUUUUAUCGACAAGUCAACCGAGUAACGGAGAGUCUAAAGCUCGUAAAUUUUUCCGCAAUUUUUUAACAAGAAACAGCAGUAAUAAUGAUGGAGCAAGCAAUGGUAAUGGAUUUUUUUCAAGUAGUGCUAGCAAAUCCUCGUCGAAACGAAGAUCACAGUCGGCAACGGUAAAACCAAAAACUGAGAAACAUUCCCGAGUAAGAGACUGGAUACAACAAGAAAUUGUUCAUAGAUGUAGUCCUAAAGAAAGAAGGAAGGAUAGUGUCAAUCCUACACCAAUAAUACAACUUAAGCAAUCACAUUUGCCAAAACCGAAUGCCAAACGAGGGGCGUUGACUGGAUCAUUGAAAGCACCAGUGAAUUUUGUGAGCGCCAACGCCACUGCUCCUAAUCCAACGACCUCUAAUCCGAUAUCAGCAACUUAUACCGAAAAACCAAAUAAAGUGUCAGUAGCCAUAGAUGCGACUCCAUCAGCUAGAGAUAGUGUUGUUUUGAGACAACAACCCAUAGAAUUCACCAAGAAAACGAGAGCUGAUGUCAUCAUUGACGAAAUGAGUGAAGAUAGCUCAUUUUCUUCCUUUCCGAGUAAUGAGCUUGACGACGAGCAGGUGGAAAAUGUGGACAUAAUCUCGAACCAACUGUUGUGAAAAUAGAACAUUUUCGAUCAGUUUCGGAUCCAGAACCACCACAGCCUGUAGUUAAAUUACAAACAUUUUCUGAUAUCAAUGUUACGAGUCGUGAUGAGGUGGACUUUCAAUGUUCAUCACCACCGACAGCCGAAGAAACUCUUCAGACGAUAAAACGACGAAAUUUUCCGAA